UUCAUUUUGGCUACUAAAAGGUCCUUCAUGUCAAAAUGAAUAACCUUUGAGAAAAGCCUGGAAAUUGGCUAAAUCUAAAAAUGGGAGAAAGAGUAAGGAGCCCAGAUUCUGAACAUGACAGAAAAUCAGAUGAGGAUAAAAAUAGUGACUCCUAUUACUCAGAUGAAGACGACACAUCUCACUCAUCUGAUCGGUCACCAACAUUCAGCUACCAGUCUACCAACCAGGGGAAGAAAGAUCACAAAGCGCAAACUUCCAACAGCCUUGUGCAGUACCAAGCCACAAAGAAUCUGUGUUCCAAAUAUGCACCAAGCAAAAGAGGGACGCGGUGGGGUUUCUGUUCCCAGAGCCUCACUAGGGAUUCUCCUGCAAAAGAUAUAGAUCUUGUUACAAAAAGAGUUCUUUCUGCCAGGCUGCUGAAAAUCAAUGAGCUCCGAAAUGAGCUGACUGAGCUGCACAUCAAACUAGAUGAGCUGCAGAAAGAAAACAGGGCACUCAAGAGGCUCCAGCACAGGCAGGAGAAAGCCUUGAAUAAGUUUGAAGAUACCGAAAACGAAAUCUCUCAGCUCCUUGCUCGCCACAACACUGAGAUCAGAAUAUUAAGGGAGCGCUUACGAAAAUCGCAGGAGAGAGAACGUGCCACAGAGAGGAGGCUGAGAGAUUCGGAGGAUGAGCUGUACCGAACAAAAACUGUCUUGCAGAAACUGAAAAAGCUGUCUGCAGAUAAACACCUUGCUGAAAGGGAUGACCUGGCGAAGAAAUUGGCCUAUGCAGAGAACAGACUGGAGGACACUGGAAAAAGAAUUAAGGAUCUGGAGAAAAAUCUUGAACUAAGUAGUAGCAGUUUUCAACGACAGUUACUUUCUGAAAAGAAAAAGGUACAUGAAGCUCAUGAGGAAAACAGAAUUCUCCAAGAAGAGAUGCAUCAGUUAAAUCAGAAGCUAAAGGAAAAAGAAAGAGAACUUGAAGCAAAAAAUAUAUAUGCUAAUCGUAUGUUGAAGUUAUCACCACGAAAAGAUGUAGAUGUUAUACAAAGAAAAAAAGCCAAAAACCAAAAUACUAAAAAAGGAGCACAGCUCACAAAAGGAGUACAAACCAGUGGAUACUUCUCACCAGUAGAAUUUCCUCUAGAAUCAGAACUUGUUUGUGAUGAGGCCAUAAAUAAGAAAGAAAGGAAUCUUCCCAGAAUAGAAAAAGAAAUUCAAGACAGAGAGUUGAAAGAGCAAGCAGACCUCCUACAACAAGAGCAAGAGAAGGAAGAGGAACUGAAACAUGUUCAGGAACUACAGGCUUUAGAGUGCAGGGUUCAGAAACUACAAGAUGAGUUGGAAAAGGAAGAAUUUGACAAAAUGAAAAAAGAAAGUGGCUUUUUAGUGGAUAAAGAAGAAAAAACAAAGAUGGAGACAGAAAUACAUAAAGCCGAAAUAGAGAGAGGAAACCCUGAAAUACUGGAGGAGCAACGAAAAAAAGAGUUGCUGCUUGCUAAAAUGCAUGAAAUUGACAGAGAAACUCAAAACAUAGUGAACAUGAAACUUUCUUCCCACACACUUCACACAAAUGCGGCAAGAAAAUCUGACUCCCUAGAGAAAAAAGAGAAAACUAAUCCAUUCUUUGAGAUUCCAGAGCAGGCUGUUAAUGGAUUUCCCCAGUAUGACAGCCAGGAUGACGCCACAAGAACACAAGGGCAGAGGCAGAGAAAUCCAAGGACCUCAGAUCUGAGUAGUGAGUUAAUAUUUGGUAGCUAUAUUCCUUCCUUUGGAAAAGGAUCGGGGCGAUCAAGUUGGCUCAAUCCAAAAAGUGAUCAAUCGGAAGAAAAUGUGAAGGAAAACAUAGGUUUCAGUGGUAAAAAAGAGAAGAAAUCCAAUCUAAUGGAACAGCUUUUUGGAAACAGUGCCAAUUCCCCCCAUACUUCUAAAAGUAACGAUACGACACCUUUUGACAUAGAUUGGGAUCCUAGUAAUACCCUUCCUGUAAAUAAAAAAAGUAAAAUCAAAGCAAAAGGCGACAGUGAGAUUUUCAGUGAAGAACGAAACCUAAGCAGACACCGUCUGCACCACCCUACAAGCAAGCCAGCAGUUAAAGCCAUUGGUUCUUUAGAAGAUGAAAUUGAAGAAGUAGUCUUACAAUGACCACAUCUUUUGUAUUUUUCAUAU